ACCUUGUUCUCAUUGGACUCGGUUCAGGCAAUGGGCCAAAUGGACCAAUCAGAGGCAUUGCCAGACAUUGAUGGGGGGAGUCCCCCGCCUGCCAGGGUUUUUUUCUAACUCCUCCGCAUGGGACGGUCGCGCUCUCGACCUUUGUCAUUGACCAUGAAGAUCAAAGUAAACACAUGGACCGUGCCGGCUUACUGGUCUUGGGACGUGGAAAAUGAAGAUGUUUGUGGUAUAUGUCAAGUGGCCUACGAUGCCUGUUGCCCAACAUGUACCGUACCAGGUGAUGGCUGCCCUCUCAUAUGGGGCGAAUGCAGCCAUGUAUUUCACAUGCAUUGCUUAAUCAAGUGGUUGAACGCCCCUAACAGCCAGGAGCAGUGUCCAAUGGACCGAACGCCAUGGAAAACCGCCGCUGCUCAUUCUUAGAUUGCAACUUCAUACCUUUCACUAUAUACCCACAACCGAUACUUCCCAUAAUAAAUGGAUAGCGUGCUAUAUGAGCCAACCAUUAUAUUUAGAGAGCCUUUCGACAUCUCUAGUUCAUUUCAGUUUCAAAGUUUCUGUUUUCACAAAAUCUUUGACACAUAAAAUGUAUCCUUUUUUCAAUCGGCUCUUU